CGAACAUCCGGACUCGAGAUGUGCGCUUGACAAUCCUCCAGACGAGGAUAGUGAGGAGGACUCUGGGUCAAGUGGUGGUUCACGUAUCGUCCCUGACGACGGACUGUUCAACUUACCUAUUGUCUUCACACAGACAGCCUCUGGCAAAAUCCUCCGUAUGCGGUUUAUGGAGAAAGACCUGGAAAAUGUGGAUAUUGUAAACAUCAAGCGAGGCAUUAUUUCUGCUUUACAAACCCAAAUAAACACAAACACUGAGGAAGAAGUGGAUUCAACAGGCAAGCAUAAAAUCCGGUAUAGCGCCUCGGGAUCUGGUAAUGAAACAGUGAUUAUCAAGGAAUAUGAUAACAAAGAUGACGUAGAUGCUCCAUUUAGUGGAAAACCAGGUAACGUCCAUGUUAAAGGUCGAACAACGGUCAGCCAUGGCGACAUUACGUCCAGCGAGGGACAGGCAUCCAGUCAACCGGAAAUAGGGGAAGAGGAAGAUGAAGAUGAGAUCCCACCAGAUGUCGCCAGUGCCAUUGACGCUGGAGAUGUGUUGAAAAGUGAAUCCAAGUAUAAACUGAGCCUUAAACUGAAGCGCAAACGGUCGGCUCAACGAGCGAAGAGGAAAGCAAGUUUUAAGCCGACGGAAUUUAUUGACACCCCCAUCACCAUAGAGACGUCACGACACGACCAAGAAGACGAACUCCUAAAUCGACUUGAGCUGUUAUACAGUCGAUUAGAAACAACACCCGUUGACAGGAUUUUGGCUAAAUUUCUUCAGUCUAAAGAUGAAGGCGAUCUUGACCUUUUAAAGGAAAUUGUCCUUCUUGAGACAAACAUUGGGAACGAAAAGGUUAAGACGAAACUGAGGCGCUACAACAAAACCCCACUUAUGGACAUUUUAGUCCCACGUUCUUACGGUAUGCUGGCUCAGUGUCACGUGACAUGGGACAUCUGUCAACCAAUGUUGUCUCUGUACGCACAAGGAGGAGGUGCCCUUGCUGAAGAGGUGUUUCAAUACCUGUUAUCUGCUGACAGUCAACUUACCCAUGAGCAGUUGUCCAAUGUUAUUGACACGGUGUCCACUAUGACAAAUCCUUCGGACGACUUUAUCAAACUUCUGAUUGAUUUGUACGAGGCAGACUCCGCAGACUUAGAGAAAGCUCGUUCCUUGCUGCUGGUUAUGGGGAUGUUGGCAGGACAAGACUCGGUAUCAGACUCUGUCAAGUCGAUCCUCAGAGGAAUUUUACUGACACAGCUAGAUGACAUUAAAGAAGGAAACUGUCCAGAAGACACCGACCAUAUCGACGCUCUGGAAGCUGCCGGAAAUAUGGAGGACGAGAAGCUACUCUCAAGAGUCUUGGAGAUUGGUUCAGUCUGCAAAACGAGCGGAAGUCUGAGGAUAGCCGUGACGCAUGCGGCAAGGCGUUUCGUCAAUAAACAGGAAACCGUUGGUUUCUUAAUUCAGGUUCUGGAAUCAGCCAAUUGUGAAGUGGUAGAAGAAGCUAUACAUCUGCUGAUAGAUAUCAUGGCAAAUCAAAAAUCCGAGGACAAUCUCUCCCAGUGGCCUCUCGUCGGAGUGAACGCCUUUGACAGGUCUUAGGCUCAUUUCCUGACACAAACGGACAAUCUGGGGUGUGUUUUGGACACAGCUAUACGAUACUUCAAAAAGAAAUUGCAAACAGAUGUUGACCAAAUCUUAGUACAACUUCGUAUGAGUAACAUGCAUUCUUCUCCACCUGAGACAAAUCACACCGGUAGAAUACAAAAGCGAAGUCUUGAACAUGCCACAUGUUCUGUUUGGAGCGACUAUAGUGGAAGAUACAGUGAUAUACAGUCCGCAAGCACUUUCCAAUCCGACUUGAGAACGUACAAUAGACGUCGCCACUGUCUCGCUCACUUCCGUGUGGGAGGAUCAAAGGCCAACGCUGAUCUCUAUGGCGGAUUCUUCGUUGGCUGUGACACCAGAUCCUCGAGGGCCAAGUUGUUUGCCAGAGUGGUAGCUAAAGGCAAGGUCUUUUCGAAAACUUUUAGAAUCGGUACAAUUUACGUGUACUUCCUGAACAGCAACUCUAGAAUUUCUGCAAGAGUGUAUGUAAAUGUAGGAGGGAAAACACUCGUAUCUUCACAAUUUUAUGUGCAGCCAAAAACUGUAACUCGCCGGCUGUGGAAUCCCAGACCUCUUACUAUACGCCUGCUUAGAAUUCCACUUCUCAUCACGUCAAUAAAUAUUUAUUUGAAGAUCAGCCCCAGCCUCUAUUUGGAUCAAAGUUUCACUUCAUGCCAAGGGUCAGCCACGUGCCUUCAGCUUUCCCCGAGGGUUAGAGCACGAGCGGCAGCUGGGGCCUCCAUCAGUCUGGUCGUGAUUCGAGGUGGUGCUGAUAUUGGGUUUAACUUUAACUACUAUCUGAAGGCGGAAUUGCGGGUGUUUUCCAGCUGCAGUUUGCCCUGUGUCUCACUGUCACAUGGUCACGAUCGAAACAGCGUUAGCAUCGAAUUCUGGUACGAGCUUCGUAGCAAGUUUCGUAUCAAACUUUGGCCGCCAUGGAAGUUCAAAUUCGGUUUUACAUGGGGCAGUAGGAAGAUAUACAGUCCCAGCAGCCUGUCGUGGAGUGUUGGAUCAUCUAGGGAGCGAAGCAUUUUCUCCACCUGUCCCAAAUAGACGUAAACUGUAAGAAAUUCUGCAUGAGCGAGUUUAAAACUUAUCACCCGACCACUUUUGAUAAAUUAUCAAUGUUGAAAAACGAGAUAUAUUUAACGAAAAUAAAAUUCCACUUACUAAGACAAGUUUACUCCAAGAUAAACACUGCUCCAAAUAACGUCUUAAUUUGACACUUUUUUUAGUGUACUCCGCCAGUGACAAGAUACAGGAGUGAAGUCAAAGCACUUUUGAGUAGUGACAAAUCACUGUUCGCCCUGUCUUGUCUGUGUCUUGCAUUGGGCUUGAAGUUAAUAAUAGGAAUAGAAUGUAUUAAGAGAGUAUAACUAAGACUCCUUUAUUGUCGCAGGCGAAUGGCAGUGGAAGAAACACGUCACUGAGUACGGGGUCGUUUUGGGUGCAGAACAAGACACAUGGGCGGAGCAUACAUUUACCCCUAUAUAAUCACUCGUUACUUCAUCUAAACUGAAAGAUCAUCUCUAUGCAUUAUUAUGUAUUGCUAUUCUUGUUAAGAUUUCUCCAACUGCUAACUGCUAAUUGCUAACUGUCAUUAAAUCGGCAUUUUGAACCUUAAAUGAUUUCACAACUCAAGCUCAAGAUCUACGUCGUUUUUCUUCCUCUUCGUUCGCCAGAAAUAUGUAAUAACUGUCUGGUUUUAA